AUGACUGGUCUUCGACCGAGGGGAAACGAGCUGAUUGAAUUUGAACCUGAAAUUGAGCUUAAACUUCGGGAUAUAAGAAGGAAGCAAAGAGAAGAACGAGACGAGCUUAAUAAAGGGGACAUUAAGGAAGACAUGGCUGACCAAGAACGACCUGAAAGAAGACUUCUUGGUGAUUACACAACACCGAUAGUAUACAAUGCUCCAUCAUGUAUUGUUCUUGCUCCAGCAACUGGACAAUUCGAGUUAAAGAUACAACAUAUCCAGAUGUUGAACAUGUUCAGAGGAGAUGGCAAUAAUGAUCCAUAUCUUCAUGUGAAGGAAUUCUUUGAUUUAUGUUCUACUUUUCACUACACAGGGAUUUCAGAUGAACAAGUGAGACUCCGUCUUUUCCCGUUUUCAUUGAAAGACAAAGAAAAAGCAUGGCUAAAUUCCCUUCCUCCUCGAUCAAUCAAUACAUGGGAUGAACUGGUUAAAAAGUUUCUUCUUAAGUUUUUUCCAGCUCAGAAAACCAAUGCUUUGAAGAGGGAGAUUCGUAACUUUGCUCAGAACGAAGGGGAACCAUUCUAUGAAUGUUGGGAUCGGUACAAUGACUUGUUUAUUCGCUGCCCUCAUCAUGGUUUUAAUGAGUAUAAGAAGGUCCAAUUUUUCUACGAAGGAUUAACACCUCAAACUCGUCAAACCGUAGAUGCUACGGUUGGAGGUAGUUUGUCGAUGAAGACUUCAGCUGAAGCUACUGAAAUAUUUGAAACCAUGUGCUUGAAUUCACAACAAUGGGACAUAAAUUCAGAAGAGAAAGUAGCAGCCCCUAAACAGCGAGGUGUCUACGAGAUUAAUUCUAACUCAAUUCUUGAGGCGGAAGUGGCAAAAUUGAGACAUGAGCUGAAACUACUAGCUGGAAAGAAGGAGAUAUGUGCUAUGUGUUCUAGCACUAUGCAUACUAUUGAGAUGUGUCCAAACAAUCCUAUAGGACAAGAAGAAUCUACAUUUGGAAUAUAUUCACAGAAUAGAGCAGGAUACAAUCCUUAUUCUAACACUUACAAUCCGGGCUGGAGAGAUCAUCCAAAUUUUUCAUGGAAAAAUCAGCAAGGACAGUUCUCCAAAAUUCCACAACCGCCACAAACACCUGAGCCCAAACAGUCUCCGAUUGAAGACGUACUUGCUCAAUUCAUGCAAGUUACACAGGCUUCAAUCCAGAAACUUGAGAUGCAGAUAGGACAGUUAGCUAAUGUGAUGAGUGAGAAGAAGCAGGGUGAAUUCCCUAGUCAAUCUGAAGCAAAUCCAAGAGGGAGAGAACAAGCAAAGGCAAUUAAAACCUUACGUAGUGGAAAGCCUUAUGACAUAAGAGAUGAAGACCCUGGCGAUAAUAUGGAGGUUACAACAGCUGAAGAUACAGCAGAAAAAUCACCAUCUGUCGAAGCAAGAGAGAGCCAACCAGAAGAACCAAAGCUGGCUGAAAGAACUUCUCCGAAUACAACACCAGAAGCACCAUUAAAGGAUAGAGUUUACGUACCUCCACUUCCUUUCCCUCAACAAUUUCAGAAGCAAAAGAAGGAUAGACAUAUGUUGGAUAUCAUGGAGCUGUUGAAGAAAGUUCAUAAAAACAUUCCUUUGUUAGAUGCAAUCAAACAAGUACCAUCGUAUGCCAAAUUCCUCAAAGAUAUUUGCACUAACAAAAGAAAGUUCAUGGAACAUGAGAAAGUGAUGCUAUCCGAAGAGUGCAGUGCCGUUCUCCUCAACAAAUUGCCUCCAAAGUUGAAAGAUCCAGGGAGUUUUACAAUCCCUUGUGUUAUUGGCAAUUUACAAAUUGAAAAAGCUUUGAUUGAUUUAGGAGCUAGUAUUAACUUAAUGCCAUUAUCUGUUUUUCAGCAACUUGGAGUCGGAAAGAUGCAACCAACAUCAAUAAGCUUACAACUUGCAGAUCGUUCCAUAAAAUUCCCACUUGGGAUUAUUGAAGAUAUUUUAAUAAAAGUGGAUCGGUUCUUGCUGCCAGCAGACUUUAUUAUUUUGGACAUGGAAGAAGAUCGAGAUAUUCCCAUCAUUAUGGGAAGACCAUUUUUGGCCACUGCUGGAACAAUAAUUGAUGUAAAAAAGGGGUUAUUGACAAUGAAUGUUGAAGGAGAAUCAGUGGAAUUUCGAGUAUUUGCAACCAUGAAGAGACCAAUGGACAUAGAGGAGUGCAACCGAUUGGACAUAAUUGAUCAGCUUGUACAAAGCAAUUUCACCGCUGAAGCUGGUAAUGAUGAAUUAAAAACCAGUAUUGAGCAUCCCGAUUUGACUCGAGCUAUAGCUGAUGAAGUGUCAGACGUGGUGGCUGUGCUAAAUUCUACUCCGCCUCUUAAAUGGAUACGAACUACUGAACUUUUAGGGCCUCCAAGUCCACGAGCAGUACCAUCCAUACAACAAACUCCUAAACUGCAACUUAAAUUGCUGCCCACUCAUGACAUGCCAAUUGGACGGAAAGAGUUCUCUCCAGGCCACAAAGUCCUUUUGAACAACUCUACGCUCAAGCUAUUUCCAUGGAAAUUACGUUCAAGAAGGCACGGUCCUUUUCAAGUUGCACAAGUCUAUCUCAAUGGAGCUGUUGAUAGUCAAAACUUACAGAGGGACAAAGAGUUUAAAGUUGACAUACAUCGUCUGAAACCAUAUCUUGAAGUUGGCUAUGAUGCUGCCAAGUCCAUUACAUGA